GGAAGGGAAGGGAGGCGGCGGCGAGGAGGGGGCGAACCCUGCCCUCUGCCCUCUGACCGCCGCGGAGCCGCCGCCGCCGCCGCUGGCAGCAUGGGGAAGGCGGAAGCGGCGGAGCCGGCCCGUCAGGCCGGGCGGCGGCGCGGAGGGAGCGCGGCGAGCGGCUGAGGCAGACGGCAGGACAGCGCCCUGACGGCCGCGGCAGCCCGGCCCCACAGCCCCGCGGAGGAGCGGGGCGGCGGCGAGCCUCCCCCCCGGCGCUGCCCGCCGCCCCGAGGCACCGAGCCGGCGGGGGCAGCGGGAGGCCGCCGGCGGGGCCCGCGCCGGGCCGGGCCGCGCUGAGGAGCCGCGGCGGGCCGGGCCGGGCGGCGGAGGGGCCCUGCGCGGGGGAUGCCCGGGGGGCGGCGGCGGGAGGGGAGCGGUGCGGGUGCCGGGGGGGAGCCUGCAGCCCCCCGCCAUGGAGCCGCGGGUAGGGCUGCGCGGGGAGGGGGGCCCUGAGGACCGGUGAGUGCCGCCGGCGGCCGGGAGCGCUGGAGGAAGGAGCGGGCUGAGCCCUGACAGGUGUCCCCGCCGUAAGUGCCCUUACACAGCAACUCGAAGACUUGACAGACUUUGCGAUUGUUAUUGCUGCUGCGAUCUUCAAAGAUGAUGCUAGCAGAGCAAGCCCAGAAGUGGUUCCCAACUCACGUGCAAGUUACGGUCCUUCAAGCCAAAGGUCUGAAGCCAAAAGGUAAAAAUGGCAGCAACGAUGCCUACACCAUCAUACAGCUGGGCAAGGAGAAGUACUCCACCUCAGUGGCCGAGAAGACCCUUGAUCCUGUCUGGAAAGAAGAGGCCUCCUUCGAGCUCCCUGGAUUACUCAUGCAGGAGAGUCCAGAAAAAUACAUCCUGUACCUGAUUGUCAUGCACAGGUCGCUGGUGGGGCUCGACAAGUUUUUGGGACAGGUGGCGAUAAGUCUGAAUGAUAUAUUUGAGGACAAGCAAAGAAGGAAAACAGAGUGGUUUCACCUAGAGUCCAGACAAGGGAAGAGAACUAAAGACAGAGGAGAAAUAAAGGUCAAUAUUCAAUUUAUGAGGAAUAACAUGACAGCAAGUAUGUUUGAUUUGUCAAUGAAGGACAAAACCAAAUCCCCUUUUGCUAAGCUAAAAGACAAAAUGAAGGGUCGAAAAAAUGAUGGGACGUUUUCGGAUACAUCCUCUGCAAUCAUCCCAAGUACUCACGUACCUGAUGCAAAUGUAGAGGUAUGUAGUGGUGAAGUACAAAUGAAAUCAAAACCAAAAAAACCUUUCCUUCUGGGACCUCAGCGGCUAUCCUCAGCUCAUUCAAUGUCAGAUUUAACGGGAUCGCAUGUCUCCUCAGAAAAAAUGAAAUCCAGCACAGUUGGAUACUCUCAUCUUUUCAGGCGUCAGCUAGAAUCUUUUGGUUCGGUCGAUGAAGGUGGGAGUCUAAAAUCUCCACACAGAAGGACAUUAAGUGUUGAUACUUCUAAAAUGAACCAGCUUGACAGCACAGUUGAUGAAACUGCACUGGAAGCACAAAAUGACCCAUUUACCAAUGUGAGUGCUUCGUUACCCCAAAAAUUUGCUACACUGCCAAGACAGAAGAAUCCUUUUGAAGAAAGCCCAGCAGCAUGGGAUCAAAACAUAAGUCUGUUUUCCAAACCUGUUGAAAUCAGAAAAGAAAUUAAAAAAGAGAAAAAAGAGAAAGUUAGCCUUUUUGAAAGAGUGACUGGAAAAAAAGAUAGCAAGAGGUCAGAUAAACUUAGCAAUGGGGGAUCAGACAGUUCUACUGACUUGAAAUCACCUAGUGCAUUUGGUGAAACUCAUCAGGAGAGUUUUGACUAUGAUUCAACUAAUCCGUUUAUGACAAACUUCAAGCCUACAAGCAUGUUGCCAUCUUCAAGUUUUAAUAUGAAUCCUUCUGGCAUUGAGGACCUCAGGAAAACAAUGGAUGGAAAUCCUUUUGACGCCACUGCAGGAUACCGUAAUCUUACUUACGAAGAGGUUUUGCAGGAGCUGGUGAAACAUAAAGAGCAACUUAAGAAGAAGGACACCCAUAUUCGUGAACUUGAGGAUUACAUUGAUAACCUUCUUGUACGAGUAAUGGAAGAAACACCUAGUAUUCUCAGAGUGCCAUAUGAACCUUCUCGAAAAGCUGGCAAAUUUUCCAAAAGCUAAGAUAGCGAUACCUGAUGGUACUUUCUGCUGAAUACAUUAGUGAAAGGAAAUCACACUUUAACAUUUUGACUUCUCUUCAUUCCUUUUCUCUUAAGAAAUUCCAGGAAUUGGGAGGAUGGGACAAUGACAUGGGUUUUUUUCGUUUGUUUUUUACUCCAAACACUAGCAGGGACUGCCAAAAGUAACAUUCUGUUAGAUUACCUAAAUAACUUUUUUUUUCUUUUUGAAAACACCUUUAGGUACAGAAAACUUACAGUAGAUUUAAUAAUACACAUUAAAUAUGUCCAUGCAGUUUAUAUAACCGCUUAGUGUUCCCUGUGUGGCAGUUUCAGCUGGGAAGCCUGUGCUGUGAUGAAUGUUUUCUUGAAUGAUUAUUGGUAUUAUGCAAAUAUAUUGAGUCUGAUAUUGCAGCAUGCCAUCAAGACCACUGUUUUCAAGCCAGUGUAGUACGCUUUACUAAACCUAAGUGUGGUUUGUUGCAAUGGAAUGUAGUUUGUUCUACACAUAUUAGAGGAAAUCAGUGAUGCACAGUCUCUGCAGAGUAAAUGCUGUAUUCUAUACAACGUGCUUUUGGUAUAACAAUGUAAAAAAUACCAUGCCAUUUCAGUAAUGGCACAUGCUGGAAUCGGUUAUUUUACACUUAAAUGCUGAAUUUUGUGUAUAAUGAUUGAACUUUCAUAGUGAGCUCAUCACAUAAGGUUGUUUUGAGGAUCUUUUUGUAUGAAGAUAUUGCAUGCCUUUUUAUAUGUUAAAGUACUUUGAACAGUAUUAAUAGAGUCGGAGGUAGGACUAGAGAAAAGUGUGGAAUAAAGAUAUGAAUACCUUGCUCAGUAAAAGUCUGCAGUGAAAAUGUAGGACGAAUGAACAGACUGGCUUAAAUAGAUGUGAUAAUUCAAAAAAUAUAGAAGUGACUCAGUUUAACGUUGAGUUUUACAUGCUAUAUAUCUGUCUUAGCUUUUCAAAAUCUUACGACAACAAAGUAUAUGCCUUUAAAAAUAGGCUGUGUUGCUUAAACAUGUAUAAAGUACUUAGAAAGGCCUUUCAUUAAAAAAAAAAAAAUCUGUAUUCCUUUUAAGUACU